AUGGCUUCAGUAGGAGCGUCUGCGGUGCUGGCAGCGGAUGUGGUUUUGAACCCUGGUGCUUCCAUGACUCCUUUCAUUGCACUGCCCUUUCCCCCAUCCACCACUGGCCCUGCACACCAGCCGUCUUGGGAGCAGCACCUGCCACCCCUCACGACCCCUUCAUUGCCCUCUGGCCACCCCUUGGUGCUGUUGGCUUUGCCCAGGACACCUCUGGUGGCAGAGAAUGCUGGUCAUGGCCCUGUUGGGACUGGGGCUUGCAACAUUGUUGUUCAGGUCAGGUCAGAAGCGGCACAACCACAGGUCCCACAGACUCAGACCAUUGUCCUGACUCAGACCUCCCUCAAUGGGAGUGUUCCAGGGGCCGUCUGUGGCGGUGCUGUGUGCCCUGCACCACUAUGCUUGCAAGCCUCUGCAGUGGAGACGAUUAUGCCUGCCUCUGCUUUUGGGGGCAGCCAGGACAGCAAGGGGGGCUGGUUUCCUGGCCUUUCUCCCCAGACUCCACGACCAGCUGUCCAGCUGGCCCCUAUCACCUCCCCAGUGAACCCUGGGCCACAGCCACAUGGGGUUUCCAGCGAGGGUAGCCUGGCUACCGCCCAGUCCAAGGCCUUGCCGGACGACUCCUGUAACCCCAACAGUGUGUACAAAAACUUCCGACGUUGGCAGAGCUUCAAGGCACUGGCCCGGAGGCACCUUCCCCAGAGUCCUGAUACAGAAGCUCUUUCCUGCUUUCUCAUCCCAGUUCUCCGGUCCCUGUCCCGCCUGAAGCCCACCAUGACCUUGGAGGAGGGAAUGUGGCGGGCCAUGCAGGAAUGGCAGCACAAAAGCAACUAUGAUCGGAUGAUCUAUUACGAGAUGGCAGAAAAGUUCAUGGAGUUUGAGGCAGAGGAUGAGAUGCAGAUUCAGAAGUUGCAGUUGAUGAAGGGGGUACAGGUCCCAUCUCCUCCAGCCCCACCAAGACCUGAUCCUCAGAGGCCUCCAGCCCCAGUGGUGGACCCGCAGCCAGCACCCAUUCCCAGGAAAACCAUACCCAGGGCCCAGCGAUCCCACAGACAGCAGAGGCCCCUGGAGACCGAGGCACCCAAUGAGAUCCCACCUGAGGCCGUGAAAGAGUACAUGGACAUCAUGGAUGAGCUUCUGGGGCCAGCCCACUUAGCCUCAAGAGAGCCAGGUGAAGAAUGGGAAGAGGACAGAAAGGAGUUGCAGCAGGAAGAGGAUGGGACAUACCCAGACCCAGAUCUCCUGACAUACAUUGAUGAGCUUUGCUCCCAGGAAGGCUUCAUCACCAAGGUGGAGGGGAUCAUUCACCCUCAAUUCAUGGAACAAUUGAUUUCCCCAGAAGCACAACUGGAUCUCUUGGGCCUAUCUGAGGAGUUGGAGGAGGAAGAAGGACUCACUCCUACCCAGGUGGUAGAGAAGCGACUCCUGGCCUCAAAGGGGACAGAGGGUGUACAGCCACCCCCAAGUCAGCAUACGCCCCUGUUGGACUCAGGUCCUUCUGGGUCUGCAGCUGGCCAAGAUGCCCAGAGAUGUGACCACAGCCCCCAGCUGGGGGUCAGUGACAAAGCCUGCCCACAGGAGACUGACUUCAAGGACCGUCAAAGGCAUGGUCAAGCAGACGCCCAUCUGUCCAGUCCCAAAUCCUUUGCUGUCUCUUCAAGACAUCAGGAGUACCCACUAUUCCAGGCUCAAUGUUCCCCCUCUCCUCCCCAGGGUCACAGGCAUGCUUGCUCUGGACUGAGACCCAGGGAUAACUCCAUUCCUAGAGAGGCCUCUCCUGUUAGGGAGACUCGCAGGCCAGGAGACAAGUCCAGAGAGAAUGAGGAGGAUCUCCCCAGCCUGGCCUUUCUCUGGACCUCUCCUGAAAGUCUAUUGCCCUCUGGGCUCUCUCUGAGUCCUGUCCCUGCCUCAGGCCUUGCCUGCCCUGGAGGUUGGGGACCCCGGGGAUCUGCCCAGUCCCAGUUCUUUCAGACACUAGGCCUCAGCCGAGUUGCCCCUACAGCUUCCAAGUCUGGGAAUGCUCCAGGUGGGGGCCCAGCCCAUGCUAAGAAGAUCCCUCUCACAGGAUCCGACCUCAGUGUUUCUGGGAAGCCAGUCUUGGCUUUGGGGAUGGUUUGCUCUUCACAGCCUCAAAAGAGAAACUGUGACCAGUCUGUCACAGAGAGGAGUAGUAAGCGGCAUUGCAGCGAGUAG